GGGUGUAGGAACAUGGCCCCUCGCUCUGUAUUCGGCGCUCUGGGUGUAGAAAGAUGGCUACAGCCGGAAGCUCAGCUCCCUGCACGCUGUCAGCAGUUGUGGUGUUAUGGCAGAUCUGGAGGACCCUGGCGCUGCUCCAUACGGGAAUUUCCCCAACUACUACACCUUCCAUCCGCCGGAGAACCGACUCAGCCUCCUUCCCCCGGGACAUCUGCUGGAGCUCCUGAACCGACAGGGGGGAGGGGAGGCGCCUCUGCUGGGCCUGGACGUGGGAUGUAACACCGGAGAGCUCAGUAUUGGUUUAUAUAACCAUCUCUUACAACCAAAGGGGAGUUCGGAGGCCCUUCAAGAUGUCCACUUCUUGUGCUGUGACAUUGACCCAGAUCUGAUCAGUAGAGCCAAGACUGGAAACCCCUUCCCCGAUACCAUCACAUUCUCUUCUCUGGAUAUCAUGGACACCUCAUCACUGGACAUCUUCCAAAAAUUCCUGGAAAAGUUUGGCCAAGCCAGGUUUGACGUUGGAUUUUGUAUGUCAAUAACCAUGUGGAUCCAUCUAAAUCAUGGUGACCACGGACUGGUAGACUUCCUUAAGAAGCUAACAACACUGUGUGACUAUCUGCUAGUAGAGCCUCAGCCAUGGAAGUGUUAUAGGUCAGCGGCCCGGCGUCUCCGCAAGCUCGGGAGACAAGACUUUGAUCACUUCCACACACUGGCCAUCCGUGGAGAUAUGACAGAAGAAAUCAUUAACAUCCUGACCAGACACUGCAAUAGUCGGCUUGUUCAUCGUUUUGGUAAUACAAGUUGGGAUCGAAGUCUUUUAUUGUUUAAAAACAAAUCAACAAAAUUACCCAGCUAGAGUUUUAUGCAUUUUUUUUUUUUUUAUUAUUUUUAUUUUUUAAAGUGAUUUUUGCAAAAAUGUUAUAUAUUAAAAUAAAUAUACUUUUAAUAUACAGUGUAUUUCAUGAACUCUAAAACUUCAGAACUGUAUAUGGUAAA